AUGUUAUUGCUCAAUGAAACGAUGAUCUUAUUAUCGGAUCAAUCUUUAUCAAUAGAAUAUAAACAAACAUUGUGUGAUAUUACUCUUCAAUAUCUUCAUGGGAAUGUUACAGCUGAUUAUGUAUUUAUAUAUUUCCUGGAUGAAGUACAAGACAAUACUUCAAUUAAAUUAACAAAUAUUGAUAAUAUAGGAUCGGAAGCAUCAUCAAAUGAAAUUCAUUCUGACAAAUCUGAUGCAUAUGCAUUUAGUAAACUUGCUCGUGAAAUGUAUUUAUUACAAUAA